GUUGGGUCGUAGCGAUGGGGACGGCGCCUGGUGUCCCGCGGGUCCCGUCUUCCCGGAGGAGGAGGAGUUCCUGGAGGUGGACCUGGGUCGGCUUCACGUGGUGACGCUGGUGGGGACGCAGGGACGUCACGCCGGUGGCCACGGCCGGGAGUUCGCCCGCACCUACCGGCUGCGCUACAGCCGCGACCGGCACCGUUGGCUGCGCUGGCGCGACCGGUGGGGCACCGAGGUGAUCGGGGGGAACGAGGACCCCGAGGGGGUGGUGCUGAAGGACCUGGCCCCGCCCCCCGUGGCACGGGCGCUGCGUGUCUACCCCCGGGCCCCCCGCGCCAUGAGCGUCUGCUGCGUCUGCCUGCGCCUGGAGAUCUACGGCUGCCCGUGGGAUGCUGGGCUCCUGUCCUACACGGCGCCACGGGGACAGGUGAUGGCCCUUGACCCGGCGCCCAUCGUCCUCAACGACUCCACCUACGACGGAUACAGUGUUGGCCCGCUGCAGUUUGGGGGGCUGGGCCAACUGGCGGACGGAGUGCUGGGAUUGGACGACUUCGCGCGAAAACGACGUCUUUGGCCGGGUUACGACUACGUGGGAUGGCGCCGACCCCCCGGCCCCCGACCCCACGUGGAGCUGGAGUUCGAGUUCGAGGGGCUCCGGGUCUUCCGCGCCAUGCAGGUUCAUUGCAACAACAUGCACACGCGGGGGGUCAGCAUCUUCGGGGAGGUGGAGUGUCGCUUCAAGAGGAGCUUGGCCACGGCCUGGGAGCCCACCCCGGCCACCCACAGCCUGGGUGGGGCCAUCAAGGACCCCAGCGCCCGCUCGGUCACCGUCCCUCUGGGCGGGCGCCAGGCCCGCUUCAUCCAAUGUCAUUUCUUCUUCGCCGGGGAGUGGAUGCUCUUCAGCGAGGUCACCUUCCUCUCAG